GAUAAAGGAAGUGAAAUAAAGCAAAAAGAAAAAAAUGUUUAAAUUUUUUUUAAGCUGUUAGAAAAAGAAAAAAGAAAAGUAGGAGAUUGUGAUCACAAAUCUUAAUGAUUAUGUCUAAGCAGCAUCUUUGCAGUACUAUAAACCACAUGCAAAGUCUUUUAGGUUGAUCUACAGUCUUAGGAUUCAUGACACAAAAAGAUAGGUCCCCUCAGUGAGAAGUAAGUUAGAUGAAAUUCAAUUAUCUGACUUUGGUGUAUCCGUAUCCAUCCAACAACCUCCAUUUUUUUUUCUUCCUUCAGCUUCAAGGCUCAUUAUCAUUACCACUUUACUCUCUGCCCCCACAACUCGAUCACCGGUAAGACAGUGACUUAAAAAGGACAGAGCAUGGACCCAAACAGCAGACCAAGAAGAAUAGGCGUUGGAGGAGCCGUUGUAGCUGCAGGCUCUGUUUGGGAAGCGAGAAUGCAGAGCGACGACGAAGCUAGUGUUAAUAACGCCAUCGUCAAGGCCACUCAUCUUCAAGCUGUCGACAAGAAUUGUAACAAGCAGAUGAGCUUAAAGGAGGGGGUUAACGGAAAGCGACCCGCGUGGAAGACAGAUGUGAAGCUCGCGAGGCCGAGAUCGAUUGGUGGUACUACUCCUCCGGCGACACCGAGGAGGUCUAUUGGUACUACUCCUCCGAUGACGCCGAGGAGAUCGAUCUCUAGCGAGAAUGAUAAGAGUUUGACUUUGUCGGUGAGUGUGAAGAAGGCGAGAUCUGAUUUAGUAGAAGGAGGUGAGAAGACUCCGGGUCGGGUUACGAAGACCCGAUUGGAGAUGUCCACGGCGAUCGUCAAGUCCGGUGAGUUAGAAACAGUUGCGUUGAGGAAAGUGAACUCAUUGCCGGCUCAGAGCUCGGAGAAAACUAAUGAGAAAACAGAGGAUGUAGAUUUAAAAACAGAGGAGACCGUUGACGAAAAGAAGCAGAUCACAGAGGAUGUCUGUCAGGAGAUAGUCGUCUUCGCUGAUUCGAAAGAAGAUGAUCAGAUUGACAAUGGCGAUCACGAGGAAGAAGAGGGUGAAGAGGAGGAGAAGAAGAGUGUUGAUGUGAAAGAGAUGAAUGUACCUAAGGAGAUUAGCAAAAACAGAGUUGUUGAUGUUGAGAUUAAAAAGUACAGUCAAUCUCACAACAGAGUAUCUCCAUCUCCCUCCGCCGUCCGUAAAACUCCGCCGCCGGUGAUAAAAAGGGCAGCUUCCGUUUAUACUGUCCCACCAAGCACAGGCACAUUUGCAGAUAAAGAAGAGAACUUUACUCAUUCGCAGAGCAAAUUACAGAGUCUCGUGGAUCUUGUGAUGUGGAGAGAUGCAUCAAGGUCGGCACUCGUGUUCGGCCUCGGAACAUUCCUCAUUGUCUCUUCUUCAUACGCCAAUGAUCUCAACUUCAGCUUCAUAUCAGUGGUAGCGUAUGUGGGACUCAUCUAUCUUGGCGUCAUGUUUGUAUUCAAAGCCGUGAUCCGCAGGGGAGUAGUGGAGGAGGAAGAGAGGCAUAGAGGAGUUGGAGUGAGAGAAGAAGAUGUGAAGAGGAUGCUUAGACUCAUUAUGCCUUACCUCAACGAGUCUCUGCUUCAACUCAGAGCCCUUUUCUCCGGUGAUCCUUCCACCACACUCAAGAUGGGAGUGGUGUUGUUCGUCUUGGCGAGGUGUGGCUCUUCUAUCACUCUUUGGAACCUUGCCAAAUUUGGUAACUUGUCUUCUACCCCCUUAAGGUUACUUGAUUUAGAAAGUUGCAUUGUGACAUGUGAUGUGAGUGUUUGUUUGUGUGUGAGAACAGGCUUUUUGGGAGCUUUUACAGUACCUAAAAUCUUCAUCUCCUACUCAACACACUUCUCCGCUUACGGGAAGUUCUGGAUGAGAAGAUUCAGGGAUGCAUGGGAAUCGUGUAGUCACAAAAAGGCAGUGGCGUUGGCACUCUUCACCCUCGUCUGGAACCUCUCAUCCGUCGUUGCUCGUGUAUGGGCAGCAUUCAUGCUCUUCGUUGCCUUUAGAUACUAUCAGCAGAGGAUGAUUUGGACGACUGAUCAAGAAGAUGAUCUUGAUGAUGAGGAACAUGUAGACGACGACCAUGUUGAAGAAGAAGAACUAGCUCCUAAACCCAUUCAUAAACCCAAAAGAGCCACUUACACGAUGAUGCCUAAUAAACUCAAGAAAAUUUCUUGAACAUUCUUUUUUAUCCUCCCAUAUAUAAACAUUAUGCUUUUUUUGGUAACAUUAUGUAAUCUCUUUAGUUUGUAGUUAGGAGUUACUCUGUUUCCUUUGUUACUCCACCAUAUAUAUAUAUAUACACAACAGCUUUUAUACAUCU